GGUAUUAAAUCGUUUGAUUUAAAAAAAUAAUAAUAAAUAAAAGAUGACGGAGAUAGAGGUGGUUAGAGGUGAUGUGGAGGUUGUAACUGUUGAUUAUCAUCAAGUUAUUUUAGAAGUCAAUAUUGUGUUCGAUGACUCCAUGUCUCCAUCUCCUUCAAUCGUCGAAGCUUUUGUUUUUAGUGGGUUUCCUUUUUGUUUUGUAACAUAACCAAAAAAAAAAACAAUUAAUUUAAGCAAACACGAAGCAGCUGCAUCUCCACCUUGCUAACAAAACAACAAAACAGGCUACGUUCAUGACGAAUGCAUGCAAAACUCAAAAGAUUUUUCGUCUCAACACCGUCACCAAUCACUCAUAGGUCAUAACGCACCUGCUUCGACUUCAUUUCUUAGCCAACAGAGUUGAGGCCAUGAGGCAAAAGAGGAAACAGAGCAUUGUGAACUAUGGGUACGAACCCUCCGCAGACGAAGAGGAAGAUAGUUAUGAGAAAUCGGAGACUGAAAGAGCGGUUCCGGUGGAGAUUUUUCGUCGGAGAAACAGGGGAAAACGCCGAUUGAAGAAAAAUGGUUGCAAUUUACAGGAUCCGUUAGUAGUAUGUGGUUGCGAUAUCAUGUUAACGAUAUUGAGCUUUCUCGACGCACACAGUGUGGCUUCAGCACUUGUUGUUUCACGUAGAUGGCGUAGAGUCGCUUGCAGUGAUACCAUUUGGUCUGAAAAGAUCAACGAGCUAUGGGCUGACAAAGCUCAUCUACCUCGUUUUGCCCAAGUUGAGGGGUUGUCAAAGUUGACUGCUUACACCUUAUCCAUUCAGGAUGGCGAGCGGAGUCGAAUCGUGAAGGAAGAUCUAUGUGAUCAUGCCUGGGAGUUUCAUUUUAAAGAGAGUGUCUGGCGAAAUUUGGAUCCAUAUUGGAGAGGAACAGGGCAACCAAUGCAUCGCUACUUCCAUGAAGAUGGAAGCCAAACUGCUAAUGUUGAUGAUAGGGUAUGGGGAGGCAAUGAAUGUUGUUACUCCAUUGUUGCAAGCUUCUUAGCAGAUGGAAAUAUUAGGAAACAUUAUGUAAGUGUCAACAGUUGGCCACGAUUGUCUAUAUCAAGGAGGCGUGAUUGGGGUUGGGAAAUGUCAAAUCGCUUCUAUUUCUACUCGAGUGUUCCCGAUGCUUAUAAGCCAGGUGGCACUGGUUCCUCUCAUCCUGUUCAUUAAUUAAUUUAUGUUUCUUGUUUUAUUUACCAAGCUUGUUUGGUGAUAGUUUUGAAAUAAUUUUAAUUACAUUUGCUCGUCUUUACUUUACGUGCGUAUUUUGUUUGUGGAAAUUUCAAUGAUUUCUUUUGGAAGAUUUCAGGUUGAAAAUUAUAUAUCUGCCCAUUAACGUUGAUCUAGAAAAUGUAUUUGUUGAUCUUUAUGGAUGGUUGUUUUAGGUA